UUUUUUUUUCUUUGUUACACAGCAUUAACUCUUUUUUUUUAUUUCUUACGCAGCCCCUUUAUUUUCUUCCCCAUUUACCCCUUUUUUCCCUUUUCAUUUAUCAUCCUUACCUUUGCUCUGUAUUUCAUUCUCUGCAAAAAAUAACCCAGCAUCAUCAUCUUCAUAUAAGCAAAUCAACCAAAGUUAAGACCGGGAGUGUCCUUUUUUGACAUGCUUCAAGGCGUGUCCGGUACGUAUCCGGCUGUGUCCGCGGCGUGUCCGUGUCGGACACCAGUACGACACUGGGGAAAAAAAGAAGUAAAAAUGGGGAAGAGGGGAAGAGCAUGCGUGGUGGUUCUAGGAGAUCUAGGUCGUAGCCCUCGUAUGCAGUAUCAUGCCCUUUCCCUUGCGCGUCAGGUAUCCUUGGACGUGGACAUUGUUGCUUAUGGAGGUUCCGAACCCCACUCUGCUGUUAUAGAGAAUGAAUGUAUUCAUAUUCACACAAUGAUACAAUGGCAAAAGUACUCUCAUAGCUUACCGAAGAUACUUUAUCCACUAAUGCUCUUACUGAAGCCAAUCAUUCAGCUUGUAAUACUUCUUUGGUUUCUUUGCUUCAAAGUUCCUCCUCCUGAUGCCUUCAUAGUGCAGAAUCCUCCUUCUGUUCCAACAUUAGUGGCUGUAAAGUGGGCGAGCUCAUUGAGAAAAUCGGCAUUCAUUGUUGAUUGGCAUAAUUUUGGAUAUACCUUACUUGGAUUGUCUGUGGGAAGAAGCAGCCCAUUUGUCUCAAUAUACCAUUGGUUUGAGAAGCAUUAUGGGCAAAUGGCAAAUGGUUCCCUAUGUGUAACAAGGGCAAUGCAGCAUGAAUUAGCUCAAAACUGGGGAAUUAGAGCAACAGUCUUAUAUGAUCAGCCUCCUGAGUUUUUUUGUCCAACUUCACUUCAGGAGAAGCAUAAGUUGUUUAGCAGAUUAAAUAGGUAUCUUUGUCACCCUCUUGGGGUUCGAGAUUGUGUAACCGCUACAACUACAGGAAUUGGGGCAGAUGACCAAAAUGAAACAUUAUUUACAACUCUGGUAGACACCGACAUCUUGUUGAAGCCAAAUAGGCCGGCUCUUGUUGUAAGCAGUACAAGCUGGACACCAGAUGAAGAUUUUGGGAUUCUAUUGGAAGCCGCGGUGAUGUAUGAUAGACGAGUUGCUGCUCUACUGGAUGAAAAUGAUUCUGCUGAUGAAGGGGUCCUCUGGAAGGAGAUCUCUGGUGGAAAGCAAUACUUGUACCCUAGGUUAUUGUUCAUCAUUACAGGCAAAGGUCCUGAAAAGGAAAAGUACGAAGAGAAAAUAAAGAGGCUAAAUCUCAAACGUGUUGCAUUUCGUACCAUGUGGCUGUCAGCUGAAGAAUAUCCAUUGCUUCUUGGUUCAGCAGAUUUAGGUGUUUGUUUGCAUACUUCCUCCUCAGGAUUAGACCUUCCGAUGAAGGUGGUGGAUAUGUUUGGUUGUGGACUUCCAGUAUGCGCUGUUUCCUACUCAUGCAUUGACGAGCUUGUGAAGGUUGAGAAAAAUGGUCUGCUCUUUUCAUCGUCAUCAGAGCUAGCUGAUGAGCUUUUGAUGCUCUUCAGGGGAUUUCCAAAUGAAUGUGAUGCUCUGAAAUCUCUCAAGAACGGUGCAUUGGAAACAGGUUCUUCAGCAAGAUGGGCCGCUGAGUGGGAAGAACAUGCUAAGCCGUUAAUAUCAGAGGUUAUAUCCAGAAACUUGAACUAACCUUAACUUCAGCCGUCUUGUGUCAAAGCUAGCCAUUCCAGCCAACUGCCUCUGCCACAUAAGUUAGUUUUUAGUCAAAGCGUUUGCUUCAUGGGACAUAUGCUUACUCCAAUUUUCCCAGGGAAUAUCACAACCCUUUGGCUAGGACUUUUUAGAUGAUAGUCCUUAUAGUUCCAAAAUGACAGACAGUUUUUAUUUGUGGCAGCAUACGUAUGAUCGCAUGGUUUGGACUUCUCAUGUUUAUAGGUUGUUUGACUGCUUCAAUCCCUCAAAUUUAUUAUUAUUAAAUUGAUAUAAA